GAACGGAACACCUUCGACAUCGUCAUCGAGUACGAAUGGCAUUGUUGGUGUGCGAGUGCCCGUGCAUCCACCGCUAGCAUAUCGAAGAAGCCGCCGGAAGACGGUCCUCCGCAAUCGCAGUCCGACGCUGUCACCGAUCCACGAGUCCGGCCUGUCGAAUCCGACCUCUCCCCUUCCCUGUCGUCACGUUUGUGCACCCAGCUCGGCGACGGCAAGCGCUGGCAGCACCAAUAACCUGUUGAUUCACGAUGGUGGUGGUGGUGGCGGUGUCGGGGCUUCAUUUCAGGUAGCCACCACCGGUUAUACCGAUCAGUCACCAUAAUCGAGAGGAGUUAGAAAGAGGCUAUGUUACUACCUAACCCCCCCGUUGACGUUGAUAUACACGAAUAGUAGCUUGGCUUACCUCCUUAGGUGUCCGUGACCGUGGUAUCCGUUAGGUUCAAGAGUACAAGACUAGACGACGAAGACGACGACGACGAGGUGAUGGUCAAGUGUAUUGAUUUAUUGAAAAGUAGAUACAAAACAAAGAACAGAACAUGUUGCCGUCAGUUAGCAAAAACCAAACAAAAGUCUAAAUUUUCCUGGUUACAAUACCGGUCGCGAAGGUUACAAUACCGGACGCACAGCAAAGGAUAGAGGAUAUUUUGUCGAAUACAACGAAUUUUCUUUCGAAACACCCCGUGAAAACGUAAAUCAAAACGCGUCCGGCCAACGGUUAGCAGCAGAGCGAAAGCGGAAUAAGCAACAAAAAAAAACUCCCGUCGUUUCUUUUUUAUACUAGGAAAAUUCCAACGCCAUAAACGCCAUGUUAGUGAAAAUGGACGAAUGUGUGAAAUCAAAGUAGGGUAGACGAAAUUCGAGUCUUAUGUAUUCCGGGGGCUUUUUUUGUUGCCGGUGUACAUGGCGCAGAUGGAACAGCGUUCGCCAGUAUGAUGCUCCGGUACGAGGCAUACUAGGAUCUCGUACGCUCCUUGCGAACAAGCAAGACUGACACAUCGAAUUCACGGUAGACUGUAAAUCGCAGCAGGCGCAUAGUGACACACCUUGUAAGGACGUCGAAGGGCCCCGUGUUGUUUGUUAGAUUUACACGUUGGCAGCACGUUGGUUGUGGUGAAGAGGGCCGCGUGAUGAAUUGACGUACAGCGCAGCUGUUAGUGAGAUAUCCUCCCCCGCACACGACCUGGCAGGUCUCUUUCGCAGCUACCAGGAUGCGUGCAUGUGUGUUUUUGUACCACUCGACUGGUGUGUGCGUGAUGUGUGAUGCGUGUAUCCUCUGUUGUUUCUCUGCUUCUUCCUACACCUAAUAUCCGUGUACAAAUGAGCCAUUCUUCUUCUCACUUCCGUCAUCCGGCAACUAUCCGUACACUGUGGGAUGCUCUUGCUGUGCUGCCCAUAAAUGGAUGCCACUGAGAUUGCCACUGAGAAAAACGCCGUUGAAACCGUCGCAAUUUUUCUUUCACAUUAAAUUCACUUUGGGAACAAGUCGUCAAAAUCUACACAAUAUCACUGAAAUUUGGUCAACAGACGGUUCUUCUAUAUUUUUUCCGAGGCGCAAAUCGUAAUAAAACAGUCGAAGCUAUUGAUAUACGUCAAUCUGUGGUUGAAUAAGGAAGAACAAAGGCACAGCUUGCUAUGUCUCAUGAUCAGUUUGCUAUGAUUUAAUUCGUUUCUAUAUUAAAGAUGUACAAAUCAUAUCGGGCAUCAAUGCGUUUAUGGGCAGUAUGGCAACGGGAUAAGUAAAAAGGGUAACCCAACUACCGAAUGGUCCAUUUUGUGUCAGAGGCACAUUAAACCCGCUUUAUCUGUCAUGUGGGAUGUAUGUAUCUGUGUAUGUCCGUGUGCGCGUGUGUUUGUGCAUCAUCCACACCACGAAAAGGAUAAACUAGAUGGAAUCGAUCACCUGAUACAGUAAUUUCCCUUUUCCGAUCGCGCUAGGAAACGCACACAAUCUCGCCCUCUAAGACCCCCUCCCGGUAGAUAAGUUAAAAAAGUUACGCUUUCGGUGUGGCGGCGCGCGCCAUCGUAUGUUGUGGGUGGUGGUGAUGGAAAUGAGACAAACGACUCUGGUGGUGCUAAAAUAUGAUAAACGGGAGACACAGAUUUAGUGUAAACCAUUGAAUACGUUAAGGGCAUAAAGAGGGCAGGCGACGGAAACGGAUAGUUACCCUCUGGGCUACGGAGCCGAAUAGCAAAUAAUCGUGUUAUCGUGCUUGCACACCCGAAAUGAUGAUCCCCCCAACGCACAGUAUCGCAUCGAGUGAGACAAAGGAAAAAGGUGGUGGGAGGUGGUGAUGUAUGUUUGUGCGAAAAUCCUGAUAAAAGAAUGUGUGAAUCUCUCGCACUAAAAGCGAAAGGAAAUGUGCUGAAUCGCUUUGAAAGGCGAUAAAUGUGUGCGUGCAAAUCGUUUUGCUGCGAGAAGCGUGUGUGUUUUGUCGAAUUUUUCCGAUCGGUUUUUAUGUUAUUUUUUGUUUUUUUUUUUAUUCUCGUAAUGCUCGUGGUAAAACGUUGCAUUUUCGACGGGGAAAAAGGAGGAUCGAAAGAGAACAGGGCUUUUGGGGAUUGUAUUAAAAUUGAGGAAAAUGGGUGAAUUGCUAAGGGCAGAAUGAGCAGAGAGCCAGCAACAGUUUGUUGGUAGUAAAUGUAAAAAGAUAGAGUUGACGCAACACAGUGGUUAACGAAGCGAUCGACGCACCGAGAAGACUACUUGAUUGAGGCGUUGAGUGAGUGAUGAUG